AUGGCAGGCAUCCUCGAGCCGUUCGGUGUUCACAUCGAUGCGAGCAACUCGUUUGUGCAGGCUGCUGUUUACGGCUUCUUGCUCGUAGGCAUUGCAUCCUUCGCAGCACCCGUCGUCAGCACUGUCCGAGUCCUUCUCAGCUUGUUUGUGCUUCCAGGGAAACCACUUAGCACCUUUGGACCCCGCGGUACCUGGGCCCUCAUAACUGGUGCUUCAGACGGUAUUGGCAAGGAGUUCGUUCUCGCCCUCGCAGCCAAGGGCUACAACCUUAUUCUCGUUUCGCGUACUCAAUCCAAGCUCGACUCCCUCUCCGCCGACAUCACCUCCAAGUAUGGCCCGAAGAUUGCCGUCAAGACGCUGGCUAUGGACUUUGCGCUGAACAAAGAUGCCGAUUACAACAAUAUGAAGAAGCUCAUCGACGGACUGGAUGUCAGCAUACUGGUCAACAACGUUGGCUUGAGCCACAGCAUCCCAGUGCCAUUUGUCGAGACGCCCAAACAGGAGAUGAACGACAUCAUCAUGAUCAACUGCAUGGCUACGCUACGUGUCACCCAACUCGUCACCCCCGGCAUGGUGUCUCGCAAGCGUGGCCUGGUCCUCACCAUGGCAUCCUUUGGCGGCUUCUUCCCCACACCCCUCCUCGCAACCUACUCCGGCAGCAAGGCAUUCUUACAACAAUGGUCUACCGCACUUGCUUCUGAACUCGAGCCUCAUGGCGUAUACGUUCAAUGUGUCCAGUCCCAUCUCGUCACCACCGCCAUGUCCAAGAUCCGCAAGACAUCUGCGCUCGUGCCGAAUCCCAAGCAGUUCGUAAACGCUACCUUGAGCAAGAUUGGAAGGAGUGGAGGUGCACAAGGUGUGGCAUUUACAAGUACCCCAUACUGGAGUCACGGACUCAUGCACUGGUUCCUCUCACGCUUCUUGGGUGAGCGCUCGGAUACUGUAGUCAAGGUGAAUAGGGGCAUGCAUGAGAACAUUCGGAAACGUGCGCUCCGAAAGGCUGAGAGGGACGCUAAGAAACAGUAA